UUGCAUGUAUGCAUGCUUGUGUGAGUGCAUGUGUGUGAGUGCCGCCUUUGCCCAGGACCCCCAGCCCCGAAGGUGUUGGCUGAAAUAUGGAGAAUAGUCUUGGAUGUGUUUGGGGACCCAAGCUGGCUUUUGUACUCCUCGGAGCUACCCUGUUCAGCGCACAUCUUCAAGUCUCGGGGUUCCAGAUUAAGGCAUUUACAGCAUUGCACUUCCUGUCGGAGCCUUCGGAUGCCAUCACCAUGCGAGGAGGGAAUGUCCUCCUGAACUGCUCUGCAGAGUCCGACCGCGGAGUCCCAGUUAUCAAGUGGAAGAAAGAUGGCAUCCACCUAGCCCUGGGGAUGGAUGACAGGAAACAGCAGCUUCCAAAUGGAUCUCUGUUAAUCGAAAACAUACUUCACUCCAGACACCACAAGCCUGAUGAGGGACUUUACCAAUGUGAAGCCUCUCUGGGAGAUGCGGGCUCCAUCAUUAGUCGAACUGCCAAAGUUGCAGUAGCGGGAAGUAGAUAUUUAGCAUCUAAAAUGCUGUUGGAAAGCUGUGGAAGGAGCCGAGUCCCAGUGCAGUCAGUACGGUUCCUUCUGGCGCACUGA